UCUGUUUUCACAUGCAAAAGUGAUUGCUUAAAAAAAAAUGCCUUACCACUGAAUGAUUUUAUGGAAAAUAUAUGUUGUGUAUAUAUGUUUGUAUAAUUCUGGACGCAUCAUGCUGCUUUAUUAACAACAUGACCAAGCGUCACAGAUUACUAUUAGAUUUGUUUUAGAGGGCGCUUCCUCCUUUACCACAUUUUGCCGUUUCACGGGACAUAAAUCAUCUCAACCCCGCGGUUCAGGUUAAUAGAAUUCCCUCGUUGAGUCAGUCAGAGAGAGACGUCGGAUAGGCUGGUCGUUCACCGCAGCGACACCGAACUGCGGUGAUAAAACAAACAGCACACAUUCCGUUGAGAGGAAGGUUCCUACUUUACUUAAUAAUCUGUCACAAUAUACAUCCAUAUUGCAGAAACGGACGGUUAUUUUCAUGGUAGCCGAAAAUCCUCUUAUUAACUUGUUGUUUUAAUGUGUUGAGUUAAUUAUAAGGAGGAAGGACAUGACUGAGUUAAGGAUGAGAGGAAGGGCAGCGGAUCCCGACAGCGUUAGUGAAAACAAGGAGGCAGCUGGAGAGGACAGACUGGGUCUGCCUGGUGAGGCUGGAGGUGAGGGAGAUGGAGACCGAGAGUCUAUAGCAGGCACACCAGAUGUUCCUCCGUCCACAGUAGACAACACUCCACAGUUCCUCAACAAGGUUGUGGAGGGCCUCAACCCCAGAUGGAAGAACUGGUGGAUCCGAGGGGUUCUGUCUCUGGCCAUGAUUUCAGGAUUCUUUAUGGUCAUCUACCUGGGACCCAUCAUGCUCAUAUUAGUGGUGAUGACCAUCCAGAUCAAGUGUUUUCAGGAGAUCAUAGAUAUCGGCUACAGAGUCUACCAUUCCUACGAGCUGCCCUGGUUCAGGACACUCAGCUGGUACUUCCUGAUUUGUGUGAAUUAUUUCUUCUAUGGUGAGACAUUGGCGGAGUACUUCGGUGCGUUGGUUCAGAGAGAGGAAUCACUCCAGUUCCUGGUCCGAUACCAUCGCUUCAUCUCCUUCACUCUCUACCUGGCAGGUUUCUGCAUGUUUGUUUUGAGUCUGGUGAAGAAGCAUUACCGGCUGCAGUUUUAUAUGUUUGCGUGGACCCAUGUAACCCUCCUGAUUGUGGUGACACAGUCUCACCUAGUCAUUCAGAACCUGUUUGAAGGAAUGAUCUGGUUCAUCGUCCCCAUCUCCAUAGUGAUAUGCAAUGACAUAACGGCCUACCUGUUUGGUUUCUUCUUUGGCAGAACACCACUCAUUAAGCUGUCUCCUAAGAAGACGUGGGAGGGGUUUAUAGGAGGCUUCUUUGGGACCCUGGUCUGUGGAUUCAUACUGGCCUACCUGCUCGCUCAGUUCCAGUACUUUGUAUGUCCUGUGGAGGUCAACAGCAAGACCAACCGUUUCACCGCGGACUGUGAACCCUCUGACAUCUUUGUGAUGCAACAGUACACAUUUCCCUUCGCUGUCCAGAACAUCCUCACAUGGAUAGAUGGCUUAGACAAUAAUGGGCAGUCUGGUCUGUUACUGGUCUGGUGUGAGAGUGUGAGGAAAACGGUGAACCUGUACCCAUAUCAGAUCCACAGUGUGGUGCUCUCCACCUUCGCCUCUCUGAUUGGUCCCUUUGGAGGAUUCUUCGCCAGCGGCUUCAAACGAGCGUUCCAGAUCAAAGACUUUGCAGACACCAUCCCUGGUCACGGGGGCAUCAUGGAUCGCUUCGACUGUCAGUAUCUGAUGGCUACCUUCACUCACGUUUACAUAGCCAGCUUCAUCAGGGGUCCCAACCCCAGCAAGGUGUUACAGCAGCUGUUGGUCCUGCAGCCAGAGCAGCAGCUCAGUAUCUUUAACACCAUGAGAGACCGCCUGAGAGACCGGGGAAUACUGCCCCCUGCUGCCAUGUAGCACAGACACAGACACACACACACACACACACACACACACACACACACAGAGAGAGCGAGAGAGAGAAAUUGUCUAAGGCUGCUUGUGUGUUACUAGAUUUACACAUCUAGUUUUUCUGGAUCUAUGUCAAGUAAGGGGGGGGGGGAAUGGCACAGCAGCCAUUUUGGGAGGGGAUGUGGAUGACCACACACCAUAGCAAUGAUCUUUUGGGGUGAUUUCUACCUUCUUCUAGAAACUCUUCUGCUCAGCGACUGUUUUUCUUGUUCUUUUAACCAGUCCUCAUUAAUGUGAUCUAAGGUGUUACUCCUAGCAACAGGAAGUUACCUUUUACAAAUAACAACAAUACUUUCGGGGACUUCACAUGUACCACUGGGACCUGCACGAGCACCUACACCAACAAACUACAGUGAGCCAAUGUAAUGCUACCAAGCUAACUAGCAGCAGCAACAUUUUAAAGACUAAAUAAAGGCUGCGUUGCUCUGAAGAAACAAAAUGGAUCCUAGUUAAGAACGCAUAUGGUUUGUUUCAUAACAGUACUGUAGGGGACAGUGACUGGCGGUCACCCUGUGGAUGGAUGGAGAUUAUUACAGUGAUUUUAGCCGAACUGAAGGAAGACACAGGGCACAUCUUACAGAACCAGGAUACCGGCUUUUCCUGGGAUGGUGUCUUUAAGUGUUGGCUUGGAUCAACAGCAGGGUCUUAGUCACUAGACACCAAACCCCAAGAAAACGGACCGAAACAGGGAGGGUAACUGACCUGAAUUUGUCCAAUAAGAAACGUCUGUUUCUUCCGUUGCGUAACGUUUUGCUACGGCGUGCACUAAUGAAUAUGUUUUUUGGACUUAUGUAGGCUGCCCCAACAUGUUGAAGAUACUAAACACACUUGACUUGGGCAUGGUGUUUAUUUAAUAAUAGUAUGUACAUGUCUAUAUCACAGAUGAUGGUCUUUACGUCAACAUAACAUAUACGAUGUAAAACAUUUUAAGCAUG